CUCUUGGCGCGAGGCGCGGACCCGAAUCGGGCCGCCGCCGGGUACGAGUCACCUAUACACACAGCAUGUGGCUGGGGCGAAGGGCCCGAGGGGUAUGCGUGCGUACGCCUUCUUCUGGACGCGGGCGCGGAAGUCGACCUUUGUGACGAGGAUGGUGAUACCGCUCUACACAUCGCUUGUGGAUCUGGAUUCGAGCCCAUUGUAAAGCUUCUCAUUCAGCGCGGCGCGAACCUCAAAGCGAAAAACGAUGAUGGUUGGACGCCUUUGGAAGUCGCC